ACGUGCUUAAGGAGUUCAGAUGGCUUGACUGAUGUCGAAAUCCCUUAAACCUCCGUGAAACCUCAAGCAACUCCCCCAAGACUUUAUUUCUGAGUUAUAGAAGGGAUUGCAGAGGAAAUCACAGAUCGUGGCGGUGGGAGAGGGAACGGAGGAAAAACAUUGCAAGGAGGAUUUGGUUUGGUUUUUUAAAUUCUAGCAACCCGUGAGAGUCUUCCAUUGGAAGUCUAAGUCUGGGAGCCUUCCUCCAGUACCGGAGAAGCCCCGGCAGUAGCCCAGCUCACGCGGAGCAGGCAUGGAUGGGAAGAAAUGCAGCGUGUGGAUGUUUUUACCCCUUGUUUUCACCCUAUUUACUUCAGCCGGAUUGUGGAUAGUAUACUUCAUAGCCGUGGAAGAUAACAAAAUUUUCUCUUUAAAUGCGCCCGAAAGGAAACCUGGUCAGAAACAUGCACCCUAUAUAAGUAUUGCAGGUGAUGAGCCUCCUGCAAGUUGUGUGUUCAGUCAAGUGAUGAAUAUGGCAGCAUUUCUUGCCUUGGUGGUAGCUGUUCUCCGAUUCAUACAGUUGAAACCCAAAGUUUUAAACCAAUGGCUAAACGUGAGUGGCUUGGUGGCCUUGUGCCUGGCUUCCUUUGGAAUGACAUUACUCGGUAACUUUCAGCUCACCAACGAUGAAGAAAUCCAUAACGUAGGCACCUCCCUAACUUUUGGAUUCGGUACAUUGGCUUGCUGGAUCCAGGCCGCUUUGACACUCAAAGUCAACAUCAAGAAUGAGGGUCGGAAGAUUGGCAUUCCCAGAGUGAUUCUAGCAGCGUCCAUUACUCUCUGUGUGGUGCUCUAUUUUAUCCUCAUGGCCCAAGAAAUCCACAUGCAUGCAGCCCGGAUUCAGUGGGGCCUAGUGAUGUGCUUCCUGUGUUACUUUGGCACCUUCGCUGUGGAGUUCCGGCAUUACCGUUACGAGAUCGUCUGCUCCGAGUACCAAGAGAAUUUCCUGAGUUUCUCUGAAAGCUUAUCAGAAGCAUCUGAGUAUCAAACCGACCAAGUGUAAUUUGACUUACUUUGACCUCCUUGGUGACCAUGGGGAAGAAGGGUUAGGGACUGACACAGGCACAGGAUGUCACAUAUGAUUUACGAUACCUGACACAUACAACACACAUACACACAUCUGUUCACAACCACUGUCACUAAAGGGGCCUCUUUUUUGGAGGGAUUGUUUCUUUAAAGGGGGGAAUAAAAAGACCACAGCCUUUACAUGAGGACAUGGAAACUCUUGCAUCUUCAACACACACAACAGACAGAGAAGCUUUUGCAAGACCAUAUUUUUCUCCCCUUGCCUGUCCCCUUUUCCCAGCCCUCCCCACUACUCUGUUCUCCUUAUCUACUAUCGUUGCACCAUUCAUACCCUUUCCUGUUAAGUAGGGUCAAUCCAAUGGAGAAGGUACCAACUCCCUAAGUCUUGUUUCACAUCUAAGGAAGAUUGAAACAAGCCAGUCAACCUGGAUGGUUUUCAUAAUGGAUGACCAAAUUGUACAAAGAAAAAUGCCCAGGCGUUGGGGGUUAGGGGAGGUCAGGGAGGGAAUCCCCCAAGCGCUGAGCCUGUUGUCCUAUCUAACACUCCAUUGUGACUUAAAAGCGGAGCAACCUGUGUUCCAAUGAAAAAAUUAAUUUUAGAGAGAAAAAUCUAGGACAGAUUACAGAAUUAACAUUCAUAUGAAACGAGGUGACGAUGCGGUUUCAUUUUUAAAUGCGCUUUUUGUUUCUCUGCUUCUCAAAAAUUGCCUUGGUAUCACUUUGGACAGAAAAGGAUCUUAACAUACAGAUGUCUGCCUUGUAUUGGACCCAACCAUAAUGAGGUCAGAUUCUUAUCCCCUGGAGGCUUAAUUUACUGGGAUUUUUCUUUCCGUUAGAAGAAACUAAGAUGACUUAUGGUAAAGGAUGAGUGAUAAAGAAAGACCAAAAAGAUCUAGAGGCUGUCUCAGAUUAGGUUAUUUUAGCAAGAUCGAAAGCAACAGAGUUCUACUCUUUGAAAGAAGCUCAUGAAACACUCAGAAUCUGUUUCUUGUUCUUCUUGUUGGCCCAGCAUUCUUUGGAUUUAUGGCUCCUGGAGUGACUGGGAAUGGCGGUGGCCACAACUCAAACAUACAUCCAUCUAUGCCUGCGUGUUAUUCUAGCAAAUCCCCUGGAUGGCUCAUAGGAGCUGUGGGAUUUUACAGAACUUUGAAAAAACACUGCUUUGGAUCCAAUGAAAGGAUCAAAGGAUCAGCAAAAAUCAUUAAA